GAAAGGGAGGCUGACUCCUCUGCUUAGCCUCUGAAGUUUUCUGAUACAUACAGUCUGUCCAAAGAUGGACAAAAACAACACAUUAUGAGCUGUGGACUUUGUUAUGGGGUGCUAAGGAGGCCUCUGUAAGAAAGCAGAAGGAUUUGGGGGAAUUAAUACUGUUUGACCACAGGCUCUUCCUGGAAGAAGAGGGAGAUGGGGGCUGGAGCAAUAACCAUCUGUCACAACAAGGCAGCGGUUCAGAUUAAGGAGGAUGUAAAGAAGAUGGUGCAGUUGCCCAUGCUUAAACCCUCUCCGGCCACCGGCUCUGGGGGAAAGAAGAUCUUCGGCGUGUCCCUGGUGAAGUUGAGCGAUCUGGGACUUGUCAAGGACGGAGUUCCUGUGGUGGUCCGGUGUAUGGUGGAGUAUCUGGAAAAGCAUGGUCUUCGUCAGGAGGGUCUGUUCAGAGUAAACGGCAGUGUUCGGACAGUGGAUAACCUGCGGCAGAGGUUUGAUGCUGGAGAAGACGUGGAUCUUCAUCAGGAAGCAGACGCUUUUGCUGUCGCCAGUUUACUCAAGCAGUUUUUGAGGGAUUUACCUGAAGGUCUCAUCCAUCCCUCCAUCCACAAUCGUCUCAUUCAGCUGCACCAAGAAUCUGAUGAGGAUUACUUCUGUAAGGACCUGGGUGAGCUCCUACAUCAGCUGCCAGAUAUCCACUACAGUCUCCUGCAUUACCUAUGUCACUUCCUGUCCCAGGUGGAACAGGAACACACUUAUAACCGCAUGACUGCAACCAACCUGGCCACAGUGUUUGGGCCCAACGUCUUCAAUGUGUCACCUGGUUUUGAUGGUAUACGGGAACAGAAUAUCUGUAAUAGUAUUAUGGCUAAGCUGAUCCAGAAGUACAGUGCCAUCUUUGAGUCUGUGGUGGAGAGAAGACAGAUUGAAAAGGGACCAAACGUCCUCAUGGUCAAAGAGGCCAACACAAACACCGAAAACGCAGAGAUGCCGCCUUACAAUCCUGCUCCAAAGGCACACACUCCACGUGUCAAGAAGAUCAAGGUCACUCAAUGCACUCCAGUAGAAAUAACAGAUUCCUCAAGAGAAAAGGAAUCAAGUUCGGACAACCCUAUUCCGACAACAAGAAAAAAGAAGGUCAGCCCAGGCACUUCAGCUGACAAUACAGGCCCGUCAAGAGAAAGUGAGUCGAGUCCCGACAACCCUAUACCUACGCCAAGAAAAAAGAAGGUGAAGAAGUUAAAGACAGAGGAAAUGCCUAGAAGUUUUCCUCAACCGGUGUCCUCUGGUGAUCCCGAGUCCAGGCUUUUGUCCCAUCGUUCAGACAAAAGCUUGGGGGCUAGAGAUCAGUUUCCUCUGCACGGUCCAGGACGGGGCAUAAGCUUCAGCGCUGACGGCAUGAAUCUGACCCCUCAGACCACCACAUCCACUGAGACCUUCAACAGCUUCCAAGAAGAUGAAAGACCAAUAUCUCCUUUUUACAUUAGCUCACAAAUCUCUCCUGGACACUGCAGACCUGACUUAACAAAUUUUCUGGAGGAGACCAUUCGCUCAGCGGUCGAGCAGCACCUCUUCAACACACACAUGCACACAGGUCAGAGUUCAGAGGGCUUGGAUACGACUUCCUACUUUUCAUCUCCUGUGACAACGGCCCGAGAGAGGAGGAGACAUCUGCGAGAACAGGAGCAGAACUUCAGGGUCGAGGGUGAUAAAGAGAACAUCCCGUCUCCGGGUGUGGCGGUUACAGAGGAGUGUGACAGACGUCUGCUGCUGCUGCCACACGAGGCUCAGAGAAACAGGAAGCCCAAACACAGUCCCACACUGACUGAGCUCUCUGACAACCAGGACGCCCCCACUCCAAUGGAAUGCCAAGAGCCACCUCGGGCUUACGAUAGAAAUGCUACAGAUAACAUGGCAUCAGCUGAUAACAGGGGGAACCAUCAAAAGGGACAUGGGUUCAAUUUUAUUCAGACGCCUGCCAUGAAGAUCCUGGAGGCUCUCAGUGGCACAGAGCCGUGCGACGAUGUGCCUCGACUGGACCUUUCCACUCUGACAGACGACAGCAACUGGGCAGAUUCUCAUUUCUUUAGUGCUUCUUUCCUUGAUUUCAAAAGCCUUUUAAAAUCAAGUCACAAUGAGGAACCAGUGCCAGCCUACUCGUCGUGGCAAAGGGAGAGUAUGGACCGCGAGGAAGCUCGCCUGUCUCCCCAUGCCGGUGGCAAGCCGAUUCGCCAGCUCCUGGAGGAGGACAGCGACCCAAUGGUCUCGCCGCGGUUCUACGCUUACGGAGACGGUCGGCAGUAUCUGGACGACACAGAGGUUCCUCCAUCACCACCUAACGCCCACUCCUUCGUCAGUAGGCGGAGAAGUUCGUCGUUAGGCUCCUGCGACGAUGACCGGGAAGAGUUGACCUCUGCUCAGCUUUCAAAGCGGAUCCACGUACUCAAGAAGAAGAUCCGGAGGUUUGAGGAGAAGUUUGAGGAUGAGCGCAAAUACAGGCCUUCACACAGCGACAAAGCUGCCAACCCAGAGGUUCUGCGCUGGAUGAAUGAACUGGCCAAGAUGCGCAAAGACUUAAAAGAUCACAAGUUGCUAAAGUCAGAAGAGGAUUUGACGCCCAUCCCCCGCCAGCGUAGCAACACGCUUCCCAGGAGCUUUGGGUCUCAGCUGGAGAAGAAAGCUCCUGAGACCAAAGCCCCCAAACCCCCUGUGGAAAGCACACUGGAUGCAGUCAUGAACAAACUGCAGGAGAAACGCGAUGAGGCUGGCCGACCCGAAGACAUUAAGGACAUGACCCGUGAACAGAUUGGAACAGAAAAAGUGGCCCUUCAGAAAGCUCUUCUAUAUUAUGAGAACAUCCAUGGGAGACCAAUCACCAAGAAUGAGAGGCAGGUCAUGAAGCCUCUCUACGACCGGUACCGACUCGUCAAACAAAUCCUCUGUAGAGCUUCCUCCAUUCCAGUCAUUGGCUCGCCUUCCAGCAAGCGCAGAGGCCCCCUGCUGCAGCCCAUUAUCGAGGGUGUACCAGCCCUGUUCUUCAGCGACACAAAGGAGGAGGAGGAUGGCUCGGAUGACGACGACACCAGGACACAGUUCACGGUCACGGUUAAGCCAGAGCUGAGCAUGCUGGGACUUCUCGACCAACUGGAUGAGGUCACGGAUGGUUUCAUCUCACCUGUUGAUGAAUCAUCUCCCUCCAAGAACACCAUGGAUAUGAGAUUGUCCAAUUUGCAUGCUGCUACCAUGGAAGAACUUGUAGAGCAACUCCAGGAAGCCCGUGAGGAAAAGAAAAGAAUCCGCCAAAACCUCCGUGAAUUUGAGGAUGAGUUCUUCAAACAGAAUGGCAGAAACGUGCAAAAGGAAGAUCGCUCACCCUUGGCAGGGGAAUACAAUGAAUACAAGCAUAUUAAAGCCAAGCUAAGGCUGUUGGAAGUGCUCAUCAGUAAAAGAGACUCCUCCAAGUUCAUUUAGUGCUCAAGACUUACUCUGCUAGCCAAGCAAGGACCAGCCACUGCUAUCCAGUGGGCACAAAGACAUGUUUUUCAGACACAUUUGGCUUUUAAGGACACCGAGACAUGAUUGGUUCACCAAUAGCAGAUGUACACUGCCGUUUGUUCCACUGUACAGCGAAGAGGACUUGUGGAUUCGGAAUACAAUCACAUAUUGCGAAUCUCCUGAUUCCCUUUGAAGCCCAGAAGAAUGUUUCGUGUUCGUAUUGGUAUGUAGAGUUCGUUUUUUUUUUCUAUAUUAACAUCGCUAUAAUAUAGAAACAACUGUGUUUUCACAAUCAGGCACAAGCUUUUGAAGAACAUUGAGAUGUUGCGUCUUAAAUUGUCUUAUGUAUAUUGAGAUGAGGAGAGUUUAUCAUUAUAGGAACUUUUAGUAUUUGACGAAUUGAAGAAAGUAACCAAUUAAUGGAAGGAAGGCUCUCUGUAUAUAAUUAUUUUUUUGUUAUUUACUGGUGCCAUAAUUCAUGCAAAUGGCUUUAUUUUGAAUAUUAAUGCUUCUGAGGAAAUGCAUAAUUUGCAUUGUUAAUCUAAUUCUCCUCCGACUUUAAAGCUGUAAUCUUUAAGACCAUUGACUAAGCUAGAUUUUCUUUACAAAAAAAAAAAAAGUGCAAAAAACAACCAAAAGAAAAAACUCUCUUGCUACGCUGUUAAUGGUGUAGAAACGCACAAACCAAGGUUCUAUAAACCAGCUUUCAUUGUUCAUGUUUUGUGUAUAUUUUUAUACUAAAUAGUCUCAAGUGUCGAACUGGUCAUCACAUGAAACUCACUGUUUAACAGUGGUGUGGGCGGAUCAAAUCCCCUCAAACACAUCUCUAUUGUUAGCGAGCAAUAGAAAGCGAAUCUGUGGGGCCUCACUGAGCGUGCCCGGUGAACGCGGAUACAAACCGAGUGAGCACGUCACCCCCUUCUCUUAUUCUCCAGAUUGGAAAAUUGUAGCGUGAAUUUUGUUUUUACUGAACGUGACCAGAAUGAUGGAUAAAGAUGAAUACUGUGUGUACAUUUUAGUACAUGAUUGUAUUUGUAUUUUGUACAUAUAAUAUAAAACCAAAAUAUUUUUUCUGACUA